GUUCUUUCAUUAACUGGUAAAUGUUUUAGGGUGAAGGAUAAAGGUUUAGAGGAUGCUGCGUCAUGCAGUUGUAUGUCGGCGAUUGCUGAAUGAAAUAAAGGUUGCUGGUAGGCCACAAAAAUAUCACACUUCUGUAGGAAUUUUAGGAGUUCAAGCACAUUACCACUGCAAAGCUACAAGGCACAACACAAUACCAUAUCAGAACAACAGCAAUCUGAUUCUAACACAAAAGAAAUGGAGCUUCUUCACUUCUCAUGUGAGAUUCUAUUCCCUCCCACCCCAUACUAAGAUGCUUCUACCUGCCCUAUCUCCCACAAUGGAAAGUGGGUCUAUAGUAAAAUGGGAAAUACAGGAAGGAGAGAGUUUUAGCGCUGGCGAUUUACUUGCUGAAAUUAAGACUGACAAAGCAACAGUUGGAUUUGAGGCAAAUGAUGAUGGAUUUAUGGCAAAAAUUAUCGCCCAAGAUGGUACAGAUGAUAUUCCACUUGGUACUCUGGUGGCAAUAUCGGUGGACACUGAGGAAGAAUUGGCAGCUUUUAAAAAUAUCUCUGUUGAUGAAAUAAAGAAGGAUAGCGGAAGUGCAGCCGCCCCUACCACUGCACCAGAUGAUUCACCUUCUGCUCCCACUCCUACCACACCAAGUACAAACUAUCCCCCACAUGACCCAAUCCUUCUACCUGCCUUGUCACCUACAAUGACCACAGGAACCAUUGUAUCUUGGGAGAAAAAUGUUGGUGAUAAAGUUGAUGAAGGAGAUUCGAUUGCUGUAAUUGAAACUGACAAAGCAUCUAUGGCAUUGGAGUAUCAAGAAAGUGGAUAUCUGGCUAAAAUUCUGUUAGAAGAAGGAGCAAAAGACCUCCCACUAGGAACUCCAUUGUGUGUUAUUGUUACAAAUGAAGAAGACAUACCAGCGUUUGCAAACUACACUGCUACAGAUUCAGCUGCUGCGGCGCCAGCUGCUGCCCCCACUCCAUCCGCACCUACUCCAACCAAAGCCCCAGUAUCAAGUCCAGGGAUUCCCCCUCCAACCCCACCCCCAGCCACUCAGUCAGGAGAUCGAUUAUUUGUGAGCCCUCUUGCUAAAAAACUUGCAGCAGAAAAAGGAAUCGACUUGGCAACAUUAGCAGGUUUAGGUUCUGGUCCCCAAGGUCGAAUUCGAGCCCAAGAUUUGGAUAAAGCAGGAAAAGUGGCGCCUGUUGCUCCUGCAUUGGUGGAUGCUACUCCAUCAACCCCUGCAUCUAUUGCCACUGAUGGAAGCUUCGUUGAUAUACCAUUAUCUAAUAUUCGCAAAGUUACAGCGAAGCGAUUAUGUGAAUCCAAACAAACAAUCCCCCAUUAUUACGUCACUGUGGAUGUGGAAAUGGACAAAACAAUGGCUUUAAGAAAAUCUUUCAACCAAGAUUUAGAAAAAGAAGGUAUUAAGGUGUCAGUCAAUGAUUUCCUAAUCAAAGCAUCAGCCAUGGCUUGUUUAAAAGUUCCUGAAGCUAACUCAUCAUGGAGGGAUACAUUCAUUCGACAGCACAAUACAGUGGACAUGAGUAUUGCAGUAAGCACAGACACAGGGCUUAUCACACCCAUAGUGUUUGAUGCUGAUACUAAAGGUCUUGCCUCUAUCUCCCAGGAUGUUGUAGCACUUGCUGCAAAAGCAAGGGAAGGAAAACUUCAACCAAAUGAAUUCAUGGGUGGAACAUUUACAUUGAGUAAUCUUGGUAUGUUUGGUGUAAAACACUUCAGUGCGAUAAUUAAUCCACCUCAGUCGUGCAUACUUGCUGUUGGUGCUGCAAGGAGAGAGUUUGUACCAGAUUCAAAUGCAGAAAAUGGGAUGCGUGAGGCUACAUUGGUAUCCGUGACUCUAAGUUGUGACCACAGAGUUGUGGAUGGAGCGGUUGGUGCACAAUGGUUGCAGCACUUCAAAAAGUUUAUUGAAGACCCUGUUAAAAUGCUUCUUUAACUCCCUUUCAAAUAUCCCCCUUACUAGAAUGCGCAAAGUUCCUCUUGAAAUUAAUACACAAUAGGUUAUGGUCAAAGUUCAAAAUGUUCCAUAAACGAAAUAUGAGAUUUUGUGUCCGUACUAAUUCAAAACCCAUCUUUUUACCUUUUCCAAAAUUCUACCACUUGCUUGUAUUUGUUGGUUGUUUACAUAGGUUGUUCUCUGAUAUUAUUUAUUACAAUACAAAAAUGUGGCGUUAAAUAUGAUACAGUAUGUUUUUUUACCUUUUCCAAAAUUCUACCACUUGCUUGUAUUUGUUGGUUGUUUACAUAGGUUGUUCUCUGAUAUUAUUUAUUACAAUACAAAAUUGUGGCGUUAAA